AAUUCCUCUCUCUAAACUGGCUCAUUAUGAAGUCUCCCAAUUUCAGUAAAUGGCUUUAUCAUACACAGUGUUUAAGCCAGAAACCCAAGACUCAUCCUUGAUUUAUUUUUCUUAUACACUCAUAUCCCAUUUAACAACAGGUUCUAAAUUUUAUACCUCCAAUUUAUACCUCCUACCUUAUUCAAAUUCAUCUACAGCUCUCAAUUUCCUGCAAGUCCUUCCUUAGUCUAAGCCAUCAUUAUCCUUUGCUUAUAAUCAUGUUUCCAUAUGAACCAUUUCUUCCUCUAUGACCUCAUUUCAAAUUACUCUCCCUUAUCACCCCAUGACCACUCAGUUUGGCCUCAUUAGUCUCCCUGUUCCUCAAACAAGCCAAGCUCUUUGCCAUCCCAAGAUUUCAUUUUUCUUUUUUCCUCCUAUUAUCCUAAUUCUCACUCUGAUUCAUCUCAUGUCUGACUCUACCUGAUUUUUCCAGAAACCUCUCAACUGCUACCUUCCCUAAUGUAUUUCACUAUUUAUCACAUCACCUCACUUAUUUUUGCUUUAUAAAGCAUUUAAAACAUCUUAAAAUUACCUUGUUAACCUGUUGACUAGUUUACAGAAGUUCUCCCCUGACUAGAAGAUAAGCUUGAUCACGGCAGAGACAGUGUCCUUUUAAUGCAUGACUGUCUCUUCACCUAGAAGGAGAAAUGUCUGAUACAUAGUAGGGAUUCAAUAAAUGUUUGUUAAAUAAUUGAAUGGGUAUGGAAGUGAAGGAAUGAUGUGGAAUUCCACUGAGAUUCCCUAACCUUUCUAUUUCAAAGAUUCAUGUUUGGUCAGUCAUCAGCUUGAUAACAAGCUACCCAAGACAAGUUUGCUUACUUUCUUUGUUUACUUUUGAUUCAACUCAGGCUUGUUAAUCAUUUUCUCUACUACUAAUAAUAAAUUGGGAAGCUAGCGGGAAAGGCGAAAACAAUGACGCUGAUAUAUUCCUACUAUCUCCUGGCUGAUGUGGUCAGUAUCUAAAUAAAUGAUGUCCACUCAUCAAUCAUUUCUUUACUUCCUGCAAAUGAAUCUCCCCGGGAAAAUUGUCAGAUCCUCUCAAUCUUGAAUACUGACAAGAAGUCCCUAUGGACUCCCUAACUCUAGUGAAGAUCAGGAGGGGUCGUUGACACUAAGAUUUAAAAGCCCCAGUCUCAGAACAAGAUUAGAAAACUGGUAGGUAAAGUUACAGUUAUUGCAGUUUCUGGAAAGGAGCUGAACAUGAAGAGACUCAGAAGUCUGGUGGCAACAACCUUGGCUCUUUUCUUAGUGUUUUCUUUCUUGGGAAAUUCCAGGAGUGCGCCACAGGGACUCUUUGAGAGACGGAACUGGACUCCUCAAUCUAUGCUCUAUCUGAAGGGUGCACAGGGGCGUCGCUUCAUCUCGGACCAGAGCCGGAAGAAGGACCUCUCCGACCGCCCGCCGCCCGAAAGACGCAGCCCAAAUCCCCAGCUACUAACUCUUGGAGAGGCAGCAGCUCUGCUCUUGGCUUCCUUGCAGAAACCACAAGAAGCUGGAGAAGAAAACUUUGAUCAAACCAGAGUCCUAGAAGACAGUCUCCUAAACUGGUGAAAGUAGACCAAGUUAUAUUUAAAUACAGUUCCAUUCUUGUUGAAAAUAUGAACCAUGUAAAUAAAGCCCUUGGACCCUUUUUACUUCAGUUGUAAUGUUAGGAACAUGCAUAACCAAUUUUAUCCUUUCCAGAAGCAAAAGAAUGUAGGGUUCUUAGCUGGAAACAUCAUGGCCUUCUUUCAGGGCUUCAGGUCCAGUUAGGUCACCAUGUAUCUUACUCCCAUUUGUAAUUAUAAGACUGGAGACUCUUUAGAGUGUGUUUUCUAUUUGUUACAAGUAUCUGCCUUGAUCUAGUGAGUCUUAAUUGUUGGAUUUUGCAUUCCUUUACCCUUGCAUUGUCCUGCACUCAGCUGCAAAUCUCCCUCUCUUUUUCUGCCUCCCCCCACCCCCCAGUCUCCUUGGGGGUUGAGGGGAGAAGCAAGGCUGGAGGGGAAAGAGCAGAGUGUAUUCUCUUAGUUCAUUUUAGAGUAAGUUGUUAAGAAGGGAGGGGGAAGGGAGGUGACUGGGGAGAAGCCCGUGAUAAGAACACUUCCCUGUAGUUGCUAAAAGUAGGGGGAGGGGGGAACCUGUUAGGCCAGUAGAAGGUUCCGUAGUGGGGAUCUCCCCCUUGUGCUCUUUGGGGAUCUCCCUGAAUUCAGGGAGUUACUGGGAAAUAAGCAGAUGGAGACUCACUCUGCUUCUGGGUACAUUGUAUAAAAGGAACAAAUCAGUUUUUCAGAGGUAACUCUUGUUCCACAGCUAAACGGACUCAAAGACUCUGCUUCUUGUAAUUGACUAGAACUCUAGGCUUUAUUUUACAUUAAAACAUUAUAUAAAGGCACCCUGAUAACAUCAGUACACAGUGAUAUGCCUCAUCAGCUCCUUCUGAAAACUUCUAAAACUAUCUGAAAAAAUACGCACAUACACACACACAUACACGCACGUCCACAGUGAGCAUAAUAACCCAUUUAUUUGGAGUUACAAUAUGAUCAACAUGUUAAUUUUUUUGACCUAAUUAGUUGAGAGUUGUUAUUGAUAAAUGUCAUAAGUGGUAAGUAUUGUUAAUUCUUAUUGUUAUCAGUAUAUAGCUAUUAUUCAGUAGCUAAAAGAUAUCUUUAUGUGAAUGGAUCUGUACCUGGGAAUUACAAUUUCACUAUGUUAUGAAGUCAAAACCCUGCUUAAAAGAUUUGUCUGUAUCUUGUAUCGUAAUUGAAUAAUGAAGCUAUAUUCAAGUAAUUGUAACACUGAUCUCUUGCAAAAAUAAAAUGCUAACAUUAAAAAAAAGUGG